CAUGCUGUGCUUUUUUUUAUGGUUUGAAUUUUCAUUUUCAUUUUCAAUCCACCACACGACGACGACGCGACGGCCAACACCGCACCGAUCCGUUCACCGUAACCGUCACCGUCACCGACCAAGUUUAAUUUCGUCAAAGAGAAAAUAUUUCAAUUCCACUCGAUUUAGUUUACGAUCAACCGUGAGUCGGUGAGUGCGAAUGUUAGUGCUACCAAAAUCUUUGCUAAGAAGACCGGUCUUCUUAGCUACUUCAUUUAAUGCUGCUGCAUCGACGAAAAGUGCUCGCAAGACAACAGAAUGGAGCUACCCGCGCCGCGGCCGCCACCUGCCUCCAGUUCCAACCCAGACAGUUCAAAAUCCAUCACAAGCUGAAUCACAGCUACGCUUUGACUUACGUCAUAAAAGUAGCCUUUUAGCUCUAGUCUACAACGAGAAUUCUGUAAUGUUCGACUACCUGUAUUUCUAUCUUUCGAAUCUUCCGAGAUGGCAUGUGGUAACAUUCGCUGGAUUUGCGUAUGUCGUUUAUUAUUUUAUUCAAGUUGUUAAGAGACCAAUAUUGGCAGUAUCCAAUGGUCCCUUCAAAGAUUUUCUCAUUAAAAAUGUCCCCACAUUAGAAAUGAAAUUUUGGCCAACAUUUUGGUGUGUCGAAAGUCGAGCACAGACAGUUUUCGCCAGUAUCAUUCGUGCUUCAAAUUUAGCAAAUAUCGAUUAUAGAAGAGAGAUAUUAGGCUUAAAAGAUGGUGGAGAAGUAGCUUUAGACUGGUUAGAAAAAGGUUGUGAUGAAAAAGCUCCUGUGAUAAUUAUUUUACCUGGUUUAACAGGUGAAUCUCAAGCUGAUUAUAUUAAAUGCCUUGUAACGGCUGCCAACAAUGAAGGCAUCCGAGUUGUGGUGUUUAACAAUCGAGGUUUGGGAGGUGUUGAGUUGAAAACACCACGUUUAUAUUGUGCAGCAAAUUGUGAAGAUUUGUCUGAAGUCGUUGAUCAUGUCAAAAAAUCACAUCCCGAUGUGAAAUUGGGCGCCACUGGAAUAUCAAUGGGUGGAUUAAUUUUAGGAAAUUACCUAGCAAAACACAGUGACCAGUCCAAUAAAAUUCUAACAGCUGCGAAGAUUAUUUCAGCACCUUGGGAUGUCGUAAAGGGUUGUGCAAGUAUUGAGAAGCCGAUAUUGAACAGUCUCUUAGGGCGACAUCUUGCGUCGAGUCUUUGUAAAACGUUGAGUAAUUGUCAAAUUUUCCGUGAUACUGACGUUGAUAUUGAUAAGAUUAUGUCGGCUCGUACAAUCAAAGAGUUUGAUAGUAUGUUUACAUCGAAGCAGUUUGGUUACGCUGAUGUUGACGAUUAUUACAGUGACGCAACAUUACACAACAAACUACAUAAAAUUUCUGUGCCUUUACUUUGUUUAAGUGCAGCGGAUGAUCCAUUCCAACCCCUUGAUGCAAUUCCAAUAAAAGCAGCUGAGCAGUCGACGCAUGUGGCUAUAGUUGUGACAGCUCGUGGUGGUCACAUUGGUUUUUUGGAAGGUUGGUGGCCAUCAACGAAGGACCAAUAUAUGGGCCGAUUGUUUAGUGAGUUCUUUUCCAAAGCAUUAUUUGACGUGGAUGGUGAAUUCCAUCGAAUUUCACAAAAUCUCAUUCAAAAUUACUACACAAAACAAAUGCUGCCGGAAAUAACUAAUCCUAAAUAUAAGCUUAUUGAACCUGAAGUCAAGUCUCUGGAAAAGUAAGGAAUAGCAAAAGAACACAAAAAAGCUAAAAUCUUUAUAAGCAAACAACGAUGUAAUAAGCAAUAAUAGUUUCAUAGAAAUAUUUGUGUUUUUCUUCCUUAAGACUUUUUCAAAAAAUACAUAAUGCCUAGAUUAGUAAGUUAAGUUCUGAAUUUUAUAACGCUAAGAUAUUGACUUAAACUUUUUAAACCAAAACAAAUAUUUAAGAAAACGUGCUCGAAAAUGUGUUUAUUACAGAGUAAAGAAACGUAAAAUGGCUUUUAAUCAAAGUCCAAAGGCUAAGAAGUCAUAUGUUAAUGAUUAAAGAAAGUGACUCUGUUGUUGCGGCAUCAAGAACAUCGUUUGUUUCUUUUAUCAAUUUAAUGUUGAAAAAGUACUUAUGAACUCAAAUUUAAGAAAACAAUAAUUAAAUAUUGCUUAUAAAAUAUUUUCACAUAAUAAUAUCUACUUUGUACCUAAAGAAACGGAACUUUGUCUUAAAUAUAUAUAUA